AUGCGCCACGCGCACCGGCGGUUCUCCUCCCAACGCCGAUUCUCCUCCGCGUCCAACGAGGGAACAUCGGCGCAGCAGACGUCGGGCGGCAUCAGGGGCGCGCUCGCCAAGUACAACGCCCUCAACGAAGCCCACCCGACGACGACCAAGGUUGGCACCUCCGUGGUUAUCCUCCUCUUCGGCGACACCAUGGCGCAGCGCAUUCAGCACCGCUCCGCCGCCAAGACCUCCAAGGACGGCGCCGCGCCGGCGUUCCGGAUGGACUGGCGCAGACUCGCCGCGUUCGCAUCCUUCGGCGCCAUCUACACCGGAUACUUUCAGAUGCACUGGUUCAGAUACCUGCAGACUGUCUUCCCCAGGCAGGUGGGCCUCAAGGCCAGGUUCCUACGCAAGGACGUCCUGGCGCCGCUGCUCGUGAACCAGCUCGGGAUGGUGUGCGUGGGGUACUACCCGUUCUUCUUCGCGUGGACCGGGUUCGUACGGGGCCGCACGUGGGACGAGUCGAUGGAGGAGAUGAAGAAAAAGUACAAGUUGAAGCUGCUGGCGCAGAAUUGGGCGUUUUGGAUUCCCGCGCAGGGCGUGCAGUUCGCGCUGGUGCCGAGCUCGUAUCACAUACUCUACGUGUCGGCGAUGGGUUUGGCGUGGAACACGAUCUUGUCGCUGGUGACGCUGGAGAAGAUACCCGAGGCUGCGCAGGAGCUCAAGCGCAAAAAAGCGUGA